AUGGGGGCUGUUAUGAAGUUGAAGACUCUGCAGGGUCACUUGCAGGAGUUGAGUGGGUUUGAGAAGCCGAAAGUACAACUGGAGCAGUAUGAGACUCCACCGCACAUCGCUGCAGUUGCUCUUUACACAAUGCAGACACAAUAUGAAGCGCUAGAAAGCAAGCUAGUACUGGACGCGGGCUGCGGGCCGGGCGCGCUGACCUUCGGCGCGGCGUUACUCGGAGCCUUCGUGACAGCCGUAGACAUCGACGCAGACGCCUUGAGCGUACUACAGGAGAAUAAGGAUGAUUCGGAGAUCAAUGAGAUUGAUGUGGUGCAGUGUGAUUUCCUCGGACCAAGUGUUUGUAGAUGGGAGAAUUAUUUCGACACUGUAGUGAUGAACCCACCGUUCGGCACGAAGAACAACGCCGGCGUCGACAUGCGGUUCCUGCGCACCGGGCUCGAUCUCAGCUGCGACAGUGUCUACUCGUUGCACAAGUCUUCUACAAGGGCACACGUUCAAAAGAAGAUCAAAGAGUGGGGCGUAAAAGGCUCCGUGAUAGCGGAGUUGCGCUACGACCUGCCGGCGACAUACAAGUUCCACAAGCAACAGUCCCGCGACAUCGCCGUGGACCUGUGGCGGGUACAUCAUCCUUGCUAGCACUAACACUGCGUUACCACAUUAUCAGGACCGAUAUCGUAAAAGGCUCCAUGAUAGCGGAGUUGCGCUACGACCUGCCGGCGACAUGCAAGUUCCACAAGCAACAGUCCCGCGACAUCGCCGUGGACCUGUGGCGGGUACAUCAUCCUUGCUAGCACUAUCACUGCGUUACCACAUUAUCAGGACCGAUAUCGUAGAAGGCUCCGUGACAGUGGAGCUGCGUUACGACCUGCCGGCGACAUGCAAGUUCCACAAGCAAAAGUCGCGCGACAUCGCCGUGGACCUGCGGCGGGUACACCAUCCUUGCUAGCACUAACACUGCGUUUUCACAUUAUCCGGUCCGAUAUCGUAGAAGGCUCCGUGACAGUGGAACUGCGUUACGACCUGCCGGCGACAUGCAAGUACCACAAGCAACAGUCGCGCGACAUCGCCGUGGACCUGUGGCGGGUACACCAUUGCUAGCACUAACGCCGGGGCUACACUAACGGGAAAUGCCGUUGAAAACGGCGAUAAUGGACGAUUUUCUAAUGGCUACAUUGGAAUUAUCGCGGUAAACAACGGCAUUUCCCAUUAGUGUGGCCCCAACAUAAGAAUAUACUCUAUACUUUUAGGUACUUAAAAAAUGUAAACAAUUUGUAGAUUUGCGGGUACAUUUGUCGGUUAACCAACCAAAUACAAAACCAAGUGGAACUGUCACUGAGCUAUCUUUAACCUUUCUAUUUGGUCGUGUAAUGUUUUCAUUUACGAUCAAGGGGCUUAAGGAGCUUUUUGAGAGUAGAGUUUGUUUAUAAUUUUUAAAAUACCUACAGACUAUAAGUGCGUUUUCACAAAUAUCGGAUCGGAUAAUGUGAAUACGCUCUAAACCGCCCGUUACCGAAUGUAGCGUUUCCUAAAUUUUUUGUUUAGGAAUUUACAUAGACCUGGCCCCGUAGCCGAAUGGCAUUUCUCCAACGCCAAACGAAAAUGAAACUGGCCCUUAGUUUAGGUUUCGAGGUUACACAUCGAUUUAUUAAAACUGGCAUUAUAAUGUGGUGCGUCUUUUAAAAAGGCCUUAUUUUGUUUUUGUAAGGAAAUAAACCCUUUUCAAAAGUCGCCCAUUAAAGAUGGUCAGGGGAAGGGAAGUCCAAAUAUUUAUAGUAUUUUUUUUCACCACACCAGCUUAAAAAGGCUCCUCUUAGUAAGUAAUUAUCUUUGGGUUGGCGUGGUGAAGUUUUUAUACUUACGUCUCACAAAACUAUUUUUAUUUA